GCUGGUUCCGGGGCGCCGCUGUCAGGCACUGUGCUCCGUGCGUUACGCUCUCUGUCGGUGAAACAAACACACACCGAGUGAUGCUCCACAAGCCAGCACCGUCUCUCACAGAUCCCGCAAAAGGAGGUGACUUGAUCAGCGUAUGACAUUCUCCAGGUCAUCGCCUGGAGCAAACAGUAGAGCUGCUCUGCCUACCUACGAAUAUCAGAUCAAACCAAUAACAAUGCAUGGCCUGUAAGCCGCCAAUCAUGGCUCAUAGGAAGAGGCCGGGGACUGCUGGAGGAAACAGUAUGGCUGCUCCAGGCCCCGUCUCCUGUCCCGCCCCUCAUCCUACCACAGAGUCAUGUGAUCUGAAGGUCCUGCCCCCUCGGCAACGCCCAGUUCGCUACCCCAAAGAGUCACAUGAUCCGAAACCCCUCCCCCGUUCCUGCAAGGCACAAUAUUCUUCUCCUAAGUCUCAUGAAGUGAGUCACAACCAUCCAGAAGUGGAUGUAGACACAGAGGUUGAAGUGAAGAGGUACAGCAACCAAACAGAUGCAGAACUGGAGGACCAGCGGCCAGCAACGCCCUCCACACCAGAACAUGAACAAGAUGACCACGACCGGGCAGACUUCCACGGUGGUGCUGACAGUCUGGAUGACGACUCCAGCUCUGACUACAUUAACAACACCUCAGAUGAUGAGGAGGACUAUGAUGACGGACUGGCAGAGGAGGAUGAAGGUGUGACUUAUUACAUCCGCUACUGCCCAGAGGACGACAGCUACCUGGAAGGUAUGGAUUGCAGCAGUCAGGGAGACUGCAACCACAGCCACAGCCACAGCCAGGUGGACUGUGCCGGCACCAUGCAGCAGGGCGGAGCCCACGCAGAUGAAUGCCAGGAGGCUGUGGAAGGCUGGGUCGAGGAAGGAGAGGUUGAGGGGGAGGUGAGAGAGGAAGAAUGGGUGGAGGAUGAGGAGGGAGAGGGGGCAGUAAGAGAAGAGUGGAGGGAAGAGGAGGAAGAGGUAAGGGAAGAGUGGAGAGAGGGGGAUGAAGAUGCGAGGGAGGAGUGGAGAGAGGAGAGCCAGGUAAGGCAGGAGCAGUGGGUGGGAAGAGAGAGGCACAGGGUGGAGGAGUGGGGUGAGGGAGAGGGGGAGGUUCGCUGCGAGGUGGUGGAGCAAGAUCCAGAUGAACAGAUAUACAAUGGCAGACCAGAACCCAUCCUAGACCAUCACCAUCACCAUCAUCACCACCACCAACCCUCCCUGCAAGACACACUGCACAACCGAGAGGAAGAGGAGGAGGCAGAGAGUGAGGAGUACUGCCCGAAUGAGGAGGAAGAUGAGGAGUGUGACGACGAGGACAGACAUGGAAGGGCCUACACUGGAGACUACUAUGCCCCAGAGGACAAUGGGAACUCGGUGCGAGUCUCUCCGUACCGUAGCCGUAAGGUGCUGGUGGUGGAGGGGGAGACGGGGGAGGAGGCAGAGGAGGACAUUGACCAAAUUGUUGCAGAGAUCAAGAUGAGUAUGAGCAUGGGGAGUCUUAGCAGUGGCACUGACCAAAGCCCAGAGGAGCUGGUGCAGGACCCUGCGCCAAGUGACUACCCUCACCCCAAGCCUGACACAGCCCCCUACCCACCAGCUCACCAUCGCCACGACAGCAGGCCCAAGUCCCUGAACCUGCCCUCCAUGCACCACAACAACCCUGACCUGCAGAGGGGCAUCAAGGCACAUCCACGCUCCCCUGAAGACAGGCAGAGAUGGGCACAGGAGCAGGUGAGCAAUGGUGCAGAGCAACCCAGAAAACAGCAGCGCUCCGACCUCAACGUUCCCCUGGAGAACAACAAUGUACCAGAGCCAACAAAGAAGGUUGCAUCGUUCCCCAGCUUUGUCGAUGUCCCAGGACCCUGUGAACCAGAAGACCUGAUUGAUGGAAUUAUCUUUGCUGCUAACUACCUGGGCUCCACUCAGCUGCUGUCUGAGAGGAACCCCUCCAAGAACAUACGCAUGAUGCAGGCCCAGGAGGCUGUCAGCAGGGUCAAGAGGGUACAGAAGGCUGCCAAAAUCAAGAAAAAGGCGAGUGCAGACGGAGACGCUCAAACCCUCACCGAGGUCGAUCUGUUCAUCUCCACGCAGAGGAUCAAAGUCCUUAACGCAGACUCACAGGAGACGAUGAUGGACAACGCGCUGCGUACCAUAUCCUACAUUGCUGAUAUCGGGAACAUCGUGGUCCUGAUGGCGAGACGUCGGAUGCCACGCACCGCCUCACAGGACUGUAUUGAAACUACGCCUGGGGCACCAGAGGCAAAGAAGCAGUACAAGAUGAUAUGCCAUGUCUUUGAGUCUGAAGAUGCCCAGCUUAUCGCUCAGUCCAUCGGCCAGGCGUUCAGCGUAGCUUACCAGGAGUUCCUGAGAGCCAACGGCAUUAACCCCGAGGACCUGAGCCAGAAGGAGUACAGUGACAUCAUCAACACCCAGGAGAUGUACAAUGAUGACCUCAUUCACUUCUCCAACUCUGAAAACUGCAAAGAGCUGCAGCUGGAGAAGAGUAAAGGGGAGAUCCUGGGUGUGGUGAUUGUGGAGUCUGGCUGGGGCUCCAUUCUGCCCACAGUUAUCUUAGCCAACAUGAUGAACGGCGGGCCAGCAGCUCGCUCUGGCAAGCUCAGCAUCGGAGACCAGAUCAUGUCCAUCAACAACACCAGCCUAGUGGGGCUGCCACUCGCCACCUGUCAGGGAAUCAUUAAGGGCUUGAAGAACCAGGUUCAGGUGAAGAUGAACAUUGUCAGUUGUCCUCCUGUUACCACUGUCCUCAUUAAGAGACCAGAUCUGAAGUAUCAGCUGGGCUUCAGUGUGCAGAACGGCAUCAUAUGCAGUCUGAUGCGAGGAGGCAUUGCUGAGCGUGGUGGGGUCCGCGUGGGUCACAGGAUCAUAGAGAUCAAUGGGCAGAGUGUGGUGGCCACAGCACAUGAGAAGAUUGUCCAGGCCCUGUCGAACUCUGUUGGAGAGAUUCACAUGAAGACCAUGCCGGCAGCCAUGUUCAGACUCCUAACAGGACAGGAGACACCUAUGUACAUAUAAACAAUGGCCAGGGACCGCUCCACAGGACGGGCUUCAGCUGUGAUUGGUUGGGGCAAACCAAUCUGACCAGUGACCAGGGGGGAGGAUCACUUCUCCCUGACGAUUCAUUUCUCUUUUUUUCUUUCUUUGAGCUGAUGACUUCAAUUCUUCAUCAUGUGCUUAACAUGCAACGGCCAUUUUAUAGACAUGAGAUGCUUUUUCCAUCAGACCAGCUGAAGAGACUGUGUGUGUGUGUGUGUGUGUGUGUAUGAGCGUGUGUGUACUGUUUAUUUAUUUGUCCCGUCUGUGCUUUUCUGUCACUUCAUUGAGGUUGUGUGGACAGACUUAUCGAGUGAAUGCAUCACAAUUUAUUUUUUUAUAUUCAUGUAAUGCAAUAUGAUACUUCUACUAUACUUGUUGUAUAGUUUCAUUUACUUCUCUCUUUAUUUAUUUCUCAUGUAAAUACAUAUUUUGCUAAUAUUGUGAAUGAAGGCAGUGGGUAGGGAGAGAGGGAGGGACCACAGCUGCGUUGUAAAUAUUUAUUGAAUCUUGCUGUUGAAUUGAAAGCAGUCCGUGAUGACGGCAAAGACACAAUUAAACGCCGGCCAUCAUCGUAGUUGCCAGUGAAAAGGAGAAUGAGUUAAGUGUUUGAAAUGUUUGGUUUAAAUAUGCUAAGUUGAUAUAAUGUACAUGUGAAUCAAACCAAUGCUUGCAGCAGGGGUUUACGGGAGAAAUGCCAUAUCCUUUUGAUUUUCUUCAUUAACCGGCAAUAGUUAAACCUCUGAAUGGCAAGAUUAGUCUUUUCUAAAUCUCAUGUACAAACACUCACGCACAUUUAAAUAACAAGCAACUGAUUACAACUAUUAACAUGCAUUAAUUAUGCUUUUGAUAUCAAAGUCACAUGUAUGAAAAAUGAAGUUCCUUUUGUGUGCUACUCUAGUGUAUGUUCAUCUUUAGUGUUCCUGACUGAAACUCAUGCAUACUAUGAGUGGAUUGUGAAUGUAACUGUGUUGUGUGAGCCGCCCCAUUGCCAUAAGCAGUAUUAGAAUGUCUGUACAUAAAGAGAAACUUGUCUAGUAUUGUGCUCAUGUAAAAAGCAAAACGAAACACACAGGUUUAGUCACCGCAAACAUCUUCCCACCUGUAUGUUGGCUUUCAGUCUUGAGAGGGAAAGAGAGAACUGUGAAUCACACACUGUGACAGAAACAAGCCUUACCACCGAGUAAAGGUUUUACAAUGCAUUGUAGUAAAAUUUUAACCAUAUGAACAUUAUCUGUGUGCAUGCCUUGUAAAGUAGUAUCAUGUCAUUGUGGCAAGAUAAUAAAAUCUGAGCUGAACCUG